GUCAAAUAAGAAGCUGCGAAUAAGAAAAUCUGUGCUCUGCAGUAUAAAGUGCUCCGUUUCAUUCCGCCCUUGUAUGCAUUUGAUUGGUUGCUAUAAUGGAAGGAGAGCAGAUUCGAGUUUUUUAUUGGUUGUUAUUUGUUUGGAGGGGAUUCCGCGGGAGUGUCAACAACUUUCAGGAAGUUACACGUCGAGCAGCAGUAAAGACUGGUGAGGAGAACUGAAGCUGGGCUGUUAAUACUGUACAGAAUAUUUGAAUUAUCUUUCUGGCUAAUGCUGUUUCCGUAGUUAGUAUUAUUUUGCAUUGUAACUUGUCGUCUGUAUGAUGCUGAUAUUAUUUUAAAAGAGCACGUUAAUAUGUAUUACAAAGUUUGUUUGUGGAACAACAGCUAAAUAUAAGUCAAUUUGGUCCGGCAAGGACUUUCCAAAAACAGCCCAUUGUUUCAGUUUUGCUUCGAGUCGUUUGUCCGUCCGUAAAUAUUAUUCUUUAGAAAACUUUAUUGAUAACAUUUUAACAUCAUGGCUCCAAAGAAACACACACUGCCCACACCACUCCCUGACGGAUGGAUCUUAACAGAUUCAGAAAAAAAUAAAUGGCGUAUCGGCAAAAUCAUCGGGAAAGGUGGUUUUGGACUGAUUUACUUGGCCUCUUGUGAUGUGGAUGUUCCUGUUCAAGAUAACACCGAUUUUGUGAUCAAAGUGGAAUAUCAUGAAAAUGGACCUUUAUUCUCAGAGCUGAAAUUUUAUCAACGGGCAGCUAAGCCAAAUUCUAUGAACAGUUGGAAGCAGUCUAAACGACUGGAGUUUUUGGGUAUCCCAACUUACUGGGGGUCUGGACUGUCUGAAUACAAAGGAAUAAGGUACAGGUUCAUGGUGAUGGACCGGCUGGGCACAGAUCUGCAGAAGCUGUUUAUGGAGAAUGGUGGACAAUUUAGGAAGGCCACAGUAUUACGAUUGGGUGUCCUCAUGCUGGACGUGCUAGAAUAUAUUCAUGACAACGAGUAUGUCCAUGCUGACAUUAAGGCUGCCAAUCUCUUAUUGGGACACAGAGAUCCAAGCAAGGUGUACCUGGCUGACUACGGUCUCUCAUACAGAUACUGUCCUAAUGGCCAGCAUAAAGAGUACAAAGAGAACCCCAAGAAAGGACACAAUGGCACUAUUGAGUAUACAAGCAUUGAUGCUCACAAAGGAGUAGCCCCUUCAAGACGAGGGGACAUGGAGGUGCUGGGCUACUGCUUGCUCCAUUGGCAGUGUGGAACUCUGCCCUGGCUCUCUUCUCUCAGGAACCCAGCUGAGGUCCAGGAGGCCAAGGCCAAGCUAAUGUCUAACCUGCCAGACUCUGUCAUGAAGAUAUCCUCCUCCAGCUCCAGUACAGGAGAGAUUGCCAGGUUUCUGCUUAGUGUGAAAGGCCUGGGCUACAAUGAAAAGCCAAACUACCAGGCCCUAAGGAAGGUUCUGUCAAAGGCCAGCCUGCAGGGCCCACUGGACCUCUCCAGGCCUCAAGCAUUGGAGACAGCCAGGCCAGCCACACAAAGGGCCGCAAGCCAACACAAGUCUACUGACAAAAAAACAUCGAGAUCAAAGCCUGUGGUGACAGUGGAGGAAGACGAUGAGGAAGAGUUGUUUGGGUCAACUCCAAACAUCUGGAGCAGGACGAAACAAGAGACACACAAACGGAAACCAUACAAAGCUAAUUUAGCGGCAAAAGGAAGUUCCAGGCAACAGGCCAUGCUCCAAGAGAGGGAUGAGAACUGCAGUGAUGAGGAGGAGGCCCUGCCCCCACAAGUUCAUCCCAGAAAAAGACCAGGGGCACAGCAGAGACGGGCACUCAAAAAAGAAAGGAUGAAUGCAGACUUUCAUGAGGAUGAGACCUGGAUGACCAUGAGGGGAGGACAGAAAAAACAUCACUGUGAGCACCGACAAACAUAUACCACAACUUUAAAUGACAACCAUACAGUACCCUGCAGUGAAGACGACUACUGGAGGAACUACAGUAGGAAACAUAGUCACAGCCGUUGGGAGGAAUCGGAUUAUGGUGGAGACCACUGCGGAAGUUCUCUUGGUGGACGGGAACAUGAAUGGACUCGGUACAAUCAUAGAGAGGCGGGUGACUUCAGGGAAUCAGAAUUCCACAAUCAGGCAAAAUGGAGUAUAAGGUCAACCAAAAACACACUAAUCUUGAUCCUCUUUGUUAUCAUUAUUUUUAUUGCAGUUGGUUUUGUCCUCCGAGUUUAACUGUCCCGAUGACUCCAAAUUGUUUUCAGUAUUUACAAAUGUUGAAGAGCAAGUCCAGUUCAAUAAUCAUAACACUGGAGCUGUAAUGCCACUUGAGCAUUACUCUGAAUAAAUAAACAGUAGUUAUGGGUUUCAUGUGACCAUUUCCACAGUGAUUGGCUGAAAGAAAUUGAGAAUUAUUUUUAGGCAAUUUUUUGCACUGAGCUUUGCUGUAUUAAAAUAUGUAUUUUAUAGUAUUUUAAUAUGCACAUAAAUAAAGUGAUUUUCUUAGUAGAUUA